AAAUACGAGAGCUUCAACGUCACACUCCUGAAAUGAAACUUAGAGUUUGCCAGAGUUACAGCAGAGCUGCAGCAGAGACCAGUCUCUGUGUUUCGGUGUGAAGAAAUAAUAAACUGAUCAGGACUUUCUCAACAACUGACUCAAAUACUGAUAUGGCUGCUGCCAGCAAUCUGCCAUCUGAAGAUCCGUUCCUGUGCUCCAUCUGUCUGGAUGUGUUCACUGAUCUAGUCACCACACCAUGUGGACACAACUUCUGUAAAACCUGCAUCACUGAACACUGGAAUAUUAGUGACAGGUGCCAGUGUCCGAUGUGUAAAGAGGCUUUUAGCAUAAGACCUGAUUUGAAGGUCAACACUUUGUUCUCUGACAUGGUUGCUCAGUUCAGACAGUCAGCUCAACAGAAAGCCAGCAGCAGCAGCCCAGAGCAACAAGUGUCCAAACCAGGAGAAGUUCCCUGUGACGUCUGCACUGGAACCAAACUGAAGGCCCUGAAGUCCUGCCUGGUGUGUCUGGUCUCCUACUGUGAGACUCACCUGGAGCCUCAUCUGACAAUGUCAGGUCUAAAAAGACAUCAGCUGAUCAACCCUGUGGAGAACCUGGAAGACAGGAUGUGUACGAAGCACGAUAAACCUCUGGAGCUGUUCUGUAAGACCGACCAGACAUGUGUCUGUGUGCUCUGCACUGUUUUAGACCACAAGACACAUGAGUUUGUUCCUCUGAGAGAAGAAUAUGAAAUAAAGAAGGCAGAGCUGGGGAAGACAGAGGCUGAAAUUCAGCAGAUGAUUCAGAAGAGACAACUGAAGAUUCAGGAGAUCAAACAGUCAGUGGACCUCAGUAAGGAAAAUGCAGACAGAGAGAUAGCAGAAGGUGUUCAGGUCUUCACGUCUCUGAUGGAGUCUGUUGAGAAAGGCCUGAAUGAGCUCAUCAAAACUUUAGAAGAGAAUCAGAGAAUGAAACAGAAACUAGCUGAAGACUCCAUCAAAGAGCUGGAACAGGAAAUCUCUGAGCUGAAGAAGAGAAGAACUGAGGUGGACCAGCUCUCACUCUCUGAAGACCACAUCCCCCUGCUCCAAAGCUUUCCGUCCCUGAAGGAUGUCCCACCUACCAAGGACUGGACGGAGGUCAGUGUCCCUCCAUCAUAUGAGGGGACUGUGGUGAGAGCUGUGGCUCAGCUGGAGGAGACACUCAGUAAAGAGAUGAAGAAGUUGCUCGCUGAGGUCGAGCUUAAGAGGGUCCAGCAGUAUGCAGUGGAUGUGACUCUUGAUCCUGAUACAGCACAUCCCAACCUCAUCCUGUCGGCUGAUGGGAAACAAGUGAAUCAUGGUGAUGUGAAGAAGAAUCUCCCAGACAAUGCAGAGCGAUGUUCUCGUUAUAUUCAUGUCUUAGGAAAGCAGAGUUUGUCUUCAAGCAGAUUUUACUUUGAGGUUCAAGUUAAAGGAAAGACUGAAUGGAUUUUAGGAUUGGCCAGAGAGUCUAUCGACAGGAAGGGAGAAGUCAGUCUCAGCCCUGAGGAUGGUUUCUGGACUAUGUGGUUGAGAAAUGGAAAUGAGUACAAAGCUCAUGAUGACCCUUCAGUCAGUCUCUCUCUGCAGUCUCAGCCUCAGAAGGUGGGGGUGUUUGUGGAUUAUGAGGAGGGUCUGGUCUCCUUUUAUGAUGUAGAUUCUGCAGCUCUUAUCUACUCCUUUACUGGCUGCUCCUUCACUGAGAAACUCUACCCAUACUUCUGUCCAAGUGAAAAUGAUUGUGGUUUAAACUCUGCCCCUCUGAUCAUCUGUCCUGUCAAUCAAACUGCCUGAUAUUUUCUGUCAUUAGUGAUUUAUUGAACAAUGAAACAUUGCCAACAAUACACAUAUUUUGAAACUAAUCUUAAGAUUUUACAUCCACAGUGUAAAUAUAUACCAGACAAGUUUUCAUACUACAAUACUGACACAACAGACAAUACUAGGAGGGCAAUGGAUGAGAGACACAAACUAAUUUUUAUUCAUUUAUUCAGUGAUCAUGUACAGGUUAAGUUCGUUUUUAUCUGACUUUUUGUUAUUGUGUCUGACAGUGUGUCAUACAGCUUCAGGGUUGGAACAAACAUCAACAGAAAGUGAACAGUAUGUGUCACUGUUGAAAAGAUAGAUUUGUUAUUAAGGUUUGUUAAAGAUAAAAUAUAAUUGUGUACUGGUAUUUGUUACUUUCAUUUAUAUAGUGAGUAAUAAAGUUCAUUUUGCUUUUA